AUGGAGAUUCUAAAGGAACUGCAUACCUCUAUUGUAGAGGCGUGUGAGUUAUCCAUCAAGAACACUCAAAAAGAACUCGAGUCCCAGAUCGCUGCUCGAGAGGCCCGUGUCAAGGAAGCCGAGACGAAAGCAUCAACUGCCCUCGAGGCUCAGAGGGUUGCUGAGCAAAGGGUCAAAGAGCUUCAGCGUGAAGUAACUGCACUGCGGGAUGAGCUGAGCACUCACAACACUGAUCCGAAGGACCUUGAGCCACCCAUUGAAAUAAGCAACCUCGAAAGAGAAUACGCACCCAAGAACAUUUGGAGGACCGAUCUACUUGAGGCAGACCAGCUUCGUGACAUCCUCGAAAACAAAUACACAACCCUCUAUACCGAUCUACAAGCAUUUAGUCGAAGCUGGAGUGGUCUCAAAUCAAAGCUACUUCAGCAUAAAAAGAAGCUACAGCUCUGGGAUAAACAAUUGAACAAGGAUUCAUUCACGAUCCUGCUGGAUAAAGGUCCGGUCACAUUCCAGAGGGUGCUAGACACCGAUGCGGCUGUGAGAAACUACCGAAAGUCGCAAACUCCCAAUAUCAGGGACCAAAUACCCUUGGUACCAAACCAGUGUCAAGUCUCGGGCUUUGUCUCCAACAAUGGUACGCCUACUCCGAACUUGGCAAGUAGCACGGAUGCAAACCCGCGCAUCAAAAUCGAAGCAAGCAGUCAACAAAUGCCUGCUCCGAAUCAGACCGUGAUAACAGCUACGCAAAACACCUCUGCUAGUGGUGAUGUUCUCUCUUCUGAGUCUGGCUCAGACGUACUCUAUCCUCUGCCCAACAUAGAGACGAAAAAGAGGAAGAGGGUCCAUUCAUCCGCUCAAGCAGAGCCCAGGAAAGGUGCCCCUGAACGACCUGUACUCGUCAAAGCCGAGACCAUGUCAUCAAGUCCAAUACACCAAGCAGCAAAUCUUGGCUUCGGCCCGCACUUUCCGAGCACUCAAGAUUUGGAUGAGAUUGGCGCUACCGUGCCGACACCCACGAAACGACACGCUCACCGGGAGGUUCACUGGGAAGACGGGGGUGAAACAUCAACUUUCAGCACACAGAAUGACAUUCCAGAUCGCGAACCCCAACGCCACACCGUGCUACAGCCAAUUGAUGGUAAUAUCCGAUCACCUAGAUCCUGGGGGAAGGGACCCGAGUUGAAAAAGCGAGGAACCUCGAGUUCUCGGGCUCUUCUCAUGGCAGAGGAUGGGGAAUGUGGCGAUAGUCAGGAUCGUACCCGAAGGAAGCGUGCAAAGAGCGCGGCAGCCAUUCCGCACAACACACCCAGGGCCAAAGCGGAUGGGACAAUCACUCGAGAUCGCCUACAGGGUCUUCUGGAAGGGUCAUUACCUUCUAAAUCACCCCUUCGUUCUCCCCAUGAGGUAUCAGACCGCGUCCAGAGCGACGGAGGAACUUCUAUUAUCCGCCAGAAGAGUAGAACCGCAAAGUCUGCAUCUCCGCAUCCGCACUCAGAACCGGCCGAUCAACCAUCUCAAGUGAGCCCAGAGGUUCAACCGGAAGAAGAACCAUAUCGGUCCCGACCUCUGCACCGUCUAAACCUAGGUCAUUUCAAGAUCAAUUUAGCCAGGAAUCAAGGUCUCGAUUACGCCUACGACACAGUUGUCCGCAAGAAGGAUGACCGAAAGUGCAUGUCAGGUUGUACACGUCCUGGCUGCUGUGGAGAUCGAUUCCGUGCAAUGGCUCGUAUGGGGGUUCAUAGCACAGAUGCCUCCGCAGAACAGCAGGAGGAGGAUCAGCGGAUCCUCGAAGAGUAUGUUGGCGAGGACCGACAUUUGCUCGAGGGACUGAGUGACAAGGACCGCGAAAACCUGCUCGUGGAAGCUCGGGCACGAGCCCUUGCCAACCAGUAUGGAAGGCAUCGACAUACCCAUGAACGCGCAAGGAGCCCACCUGGAUUCUGGCGAACUGAAAUGCCGUCUACUCAGGAAAUCGAGGCAGACCGAGAAGCUGCUCGGAAAUUGGAGCGAGAGAAGGUCGAAGAGCGAUAUCGAGAGGCAAUGCGACCCGGAGGGCUUUGGACCUGGGCUGAUGAGUGA